GCAACGCGGGCCAAACGUUUCAAAGAGUUAUAGACGAAGUUGUCCAAGGUUUCGACUUUUGCUUUGCGUACGUUGACGACAUAUUAGUGUGUUCCCGUGAUGCUCUUCAGCAUGCUGCACACCUUCGUACUCUUUUCAAGCGAUUUGACGAUUACGGAAUCGUUAUCAACCCCGCAAAAUGUGUGUUUGGUGCUCCUGAGGUUACUUUUCUCGGAAACAGAAUAUCCGCUGACGAAACACAACCACAAUCAGAGCGCAUUCAAGUUCUAAAACAUUUUCUUUCACCACAGACCGUACAAGGACUCCGUCGUUUCUUUGGGAUGGUUAAUUAUUAUCGCCGAUUUCUGCGCAAUGCGGCCAAGUUACAAGCACCGCUAGUCAACGCGAUCGUGGCCGCCCGAGGUAAAGCCUUCGUCAAACAGAACGCGUACUUAGCGCCGCGUUAUAGCGUUGCGUUCUUUCAUGUCACACAAAUUAACUUGUCCGACGCUCCUUGACGCAACGCAUUCGCCAAAUCAUAGCGCCUUUCGAUAGCAGUGUGAAAAUUUAAAAGUAUUAAGAUGUCGAAUGAUUCAGAUGUGGGAGAAUUGUUACUUUUAUAUGCUCUAUCACGAUCACAGAAAAAAAGAGUAUGGGUGCACGACAUUAAUAAGAAGAGAAAUGAUUUAGGAGAAUAUCAUCGGUUGUGUCGCGAGCUUGCAUCACAUGAAGAUCGUUUUUUUACAUACUUUCGUAUGUCUCAAGUUUUAUUCGAAGAACUACAUGACCUGCUCAUCCCUAAAAUAAGCAAAUGCACUACAAACUGGAGGACGCCUAUUUCUACAAGAGAAAGACUUGUAAUCUGUCUAAGGUACUUAGCUACGGGUGAUUCACACCAAACCAUAGCCUUCUCCUUCCGAGUAGGUCGUUCAACUGUUGGUGGUAUUGUGAAAGAAGUCUGUAAAGAAAUUUGGAAUACAUUACAACCAGAAUAUAUGCCAUCGCCUACUGAAGAGACAUGGAUACAAUCAGAGAAAGGUUAUAGGGAAACCUGGAACUUCCCGAAUUGUGUCGGUAGUAUCGAUGGAAAACAUAUCGCUAUAAAGUGUCCCAAAAAUAGUGGAUCAGAAUAUUUUUGCUACAAGAAGUUUUUUUCUGUAGUUCUUCUUGCUAUAGUUGAUCCAUGUUAUAAAUUCACCGUCAUCGAGGCACCGAGGAGCCCGUUCCUCAUGUAUUUAUUGGCGAUGAAGGUUUUGCUUUAAAAACGUAUUUGAUGCGUCCUUUCCCAAGAGCUUCAGCCACACAAGACGAAAGAAAAACAAAGUUUAAUAAAAGACUUUGCAGGGCACGUCGGGUGGUUGAAAAUGCGUUUGGGAUAUUAGCACAAAAAUGGCGCAUUUUUUUACGCCCUAUUGAUUGUGACGUAGACACAGGAAUUGAUGUUAUUAAAGCUGCAGGUUGUUAACAUAAUUACUUACGAACAAAACAAGAAACAGCAAUUUCAUCUCCAGAGUUGGAAGACGAAAGCGAACCUAUACGUGCUCUAAUAACUCAUCGUCCUACAAAUAGAAGAUCAACGACUGCAGCAUUCGAAACUCGUGAAAAAUUUGUGUCUUAUUUUAAUCAAUAAACAAUUUUUUUUCACAUUA